AUGAAUGGACAGCUGGAAAGCCCGCUUUUCCGCUUACCCGCCGAAUUGCGCAACCAGAUCUACGAAGACCUGCUGUGCGCCAACACGCCAACGAAACUAUCAGACCUGGCAAACGCAGCCAGACUUCCCGUUCCCGCAUCCACGCACCCAGCGAUUCUGGCAACGUGUAAGCGGAUCCACUCCGAAGCAAAAGAUCUCCUAUACACAACACAUGUCUUCCACGCACACCCGAGUCUCCUCACGGCCUUGCCGCAUCUCAUGACAACCUCCAAACCCGUCCUGUACCCCACCGUGCUCAGCAAGAUCAAGCGCUGGCAAUUGACGGUGAGGCUGGACACUGACCCAAGGUUUACUGCCGCGCAGGCCACAAUCGCAUUCUCCGGCGCCGAGUUCCUCGAGCUGAAAGUCUGGCAGAGCACGUUCGACGGGUGCGACGCCGCCGUGCUCAAGCUCUUUACAGGCGUGCGGGGCGUCAAGUUCUGUAGGGUGAAGGGGAGUGUGGAGGAGGGGCUUGCGCGGUGGUUGGAGGGGAGGAUGAUGAGUCCGCUGGAACAGCGUGGAGAGAUACAGUGGUGUGAGUGUCAGGGCGAGAGGUAUGCGAGGUGUGAGGGGUGCGAGAGGAGGGUCAGGUUGAGUGGGAAUGGGGCGGGGGUGUGGGUGGAGGAGGGGGAUGUUUGGAGAUUUGGGAAUCGUUAG